AUGUCGCAUAGCAAGCGAAACACGACUCGCCCCGUCUUCACCUCACACGAGCGAUCCCUCGCCAAGGCCAACUGGGCAUCCAAGUCGGCGCGCCUGCACAGCGACUCAUUUUUGCCGUUUGGAUCGUGCAGUUUGUGCCUGGAGCUGGCGCGGGACCCGGUCUCGUGCCCGCGCGGCGAUGUAUUUUGCCGUGAGUGCGCGCUCGCCAACAUGCUCGCGCAAAAACAGGACAUGAAGCGUGCCGAAAAGGCACGGAGGCAGGCGGAGCGCGAAACCAUCCGGGUGCAGGCCGCUCAUAACGACGAGGAUCAGCGCCGGGCCGUCCGCGACUUUGAGCUCACGCAGGCAGGGCUCUCCAACGGCGCCAGACCUGCUGCGAAACCAGACGAGACGAGCAAGGGAGAAAAUAACGAUACAUUAAGAAUUAUAAGUGGGAAGCGAAAAUUUGAGCUAGACGCGGACGAGCUGGAGAGGAUAGCCAAAGAAGAUCGGGCCAAAGCGAGGAAAGCCAUUGAAGACGAAAAGGCCAGCAAGCCCUCGUUACCAUCGUUUUGGACACCGUCGCUCACACCCGAUGCCACCAAAGAUGCCAAACUCCUCGAAGCCUCUCAAAAAGCCAAGCCCGUCGCCGUCUGUCCCGCGUCCGCUAGCGACAGCCCGCACGCACUCACCAUGUCGCACCUCCUUACAAUUCAUUUUGACGUGCAGCCGGAACCGACCAAGGCGACCGACACGCGCAUCUGCCCCUCGUGUCGAAAAACGCUGACCAACGCCUCCAGCCCGGCUAUGGCCGUCAAGUGUGGGCACGUGCUGUGCUUGAGCUGCAUCAAGCUGUUUAUGGCGCCGCCGUCGAACCGAACCACCAAAAAAGCGGAAGAAGACGGGCCCUCGUCGUGCUUUGUCUGCGAUACGCCGCUGACGUGGAUGGACCAAGUGCCCACGCCCAAAACAUCGCUUCCGAACGGCAUGAUUGCGUUAAAGUCCGAAGGCACGGGCUUUUCGGCGCGUGGCGGUAACACCGUGGAGCGUACAAAUGUAACCUUCCAAUGCUAG